GCGAGUUGCUCCGGUGAGCGAACUCUCCGCGACUGAGGAUUCUGUCCGGUUGAAAACCCUAUUGCGUCGGUGCAUGGCGUUAAACUUCAGUUCUUCUGAGGAAAGUGAGUGAGAGAAAACUUUCUUGACGAGGCGUUCCGCGAAAAGGGAGGCGUGAGUGACCACUGAGGCGUCAGAAGUCCAAACGAGCCUUCCUCAGAAAAAAGAAAGGAGCGAAAAACAAGCGACAGAAAUGACCCGCUCUGCUCUGCUGGGGGCUCUGCUGACAGCCGUCCUGGUGACUGGAAGUACCGCAGAAUGUCCCGAGAAAAAUAUUGUACAUUCGCUCGGAUGCUUCUGCCGGUUCAUCUCGACGGUGGGAAUGCGUGUUCGCUGUGAUGCUACGCGAUGGACACCGGAAACUUCUUCCAAGUUCGCUGAGCUCUUCGGCGGAGUCAAAAUUCACGAAUUUAUGCUGCACGGCGAGCUCAAAUGGAAGGACCGUAACAGCGAUGUCAAAGACUCGGUACAGUCGGGAGCCUCUUGGAAGACACCGUUCUCUCCCCUGUGCAAACUCUCAAUGAAGACUUUCAUAAUCAAGGAUUUCAUCUACGACGGCAAACCCCCCGAAUGUCCAUUCGUAUUUUGGGGUUUUCAGAAUGUCACGAUCGACUUCCCGGCAUUUGCUUCCGCAAUGAGCUCCAAUGUCGAGACGGUGCACUUCGUGGGUCAAAGCAACAUAAACUUUCUCGGAGAUCUUCCCGGACUGAGAGCUUUAUCCAUUUUCAACUGCAGCAAUUUCGACAUAAGAGGGCUCCGGAAUUUGAGAAAAUUGAAGGUCCUGCGAGUCUACAUGAUUGACUUGGAGACGACGGUGCUCAGCGGGGGAAUGCUCCUACAGCAGGCCGACGAACUCGAGAAACUGACUGUCAGAUCGAGCGGUAUCAGCAGCGUCAGCCCAGAUUUCAUGACCAAACUGCCGAGAUUGAGGGAGCUAGACCUCGCGUCGAACAACAUCGAGUACUUCCCGAAGGAAGCGCUCGGAGAUCGUCCCCUCCAGUUGACGCUUUUCGGUAAGAAGAAGUGGGAGGAGAGCGAACGACGAGGCGGUUUCUCGGAUAUACUAGAAAAAGGGGGGCGGCAUCGUGUUCAACUCAUGAGAGACUUUAUAAUUCGUACCGUAGAAGAAAACUCAUAG